AUGCCUGCCAUUGUCAGCCGCCAAACCUCCACCCCGAGACCUAUCAACUCGGUUGAGAAUGGCACCAAGGUGACCACCAUCAGUUCCUGCGGCCUUCUUGUCAAUGCAGCCCGUAAAGGCAACGUCGACACCAUCAAGAUCCUGAUCUAUCUCGGCGUCGACGAAGCGGCCAUGAUGGAGCUCCUUCAGCAUGGUGCGAGCCUCAAAGCCCGGGAUGAGGAAGGCUGCACCAUCUUCAAGCUCCUGCUCGACAACGGUCACUACGAUAUCGCGGAAAUGCUGAUUGACAAGUACCCCGAGCUCACCGUGACGGACCCGCGUCUGCCUCAAGGUGAAAAAUGGCUCCGGGAGCAGUUCAAAGAGAUUUCGGACAGUGUUAAAGAUCAGGACAGCAAGCCUAACGAGGAAGUCCUGGAGUAUCUCAUUCGCGGGGACCUUCCUCGUGAGGAGGAGCGCUCCGUCUCGGACAUCUACUGGGAGCAUAUCUUGCUGCGUUAUAUCGGGGAUGUUCCGUUGGAUAUCAAGCGAAACUACUCCAAGUCCCUGCGUCUGUCUCUGAUGGGCACUUUCGAUUAUUUCUUGACGGGACAUGAUGGUAUCAAGAAGUCAGCCAAGCUGCUUAAUAGCAAGUUGCCUACCACGGAAUAUACCAUCGAGGGCACCGUGGUGGAUGAGGCUGGAGGAUGGGUGACGGAACGUUGGAGCUACCAUGAUGCUUAUGACAUCCAUGUGAGAGACGGUAUAGAUUCAUUCUUGAUUGAUAGUAAGACGGGAAAGAUCAUGGUGAAGAUGAUCAACUAUAAUGUUGAAAAGAAGACGAAGUCUUAG